AUGAAAAGAAAAAUAAUGUUCCACAUGAAAAACGAACGUUUUAAACAUACUAUAUUUUCCGAAAAAUUGCAACUUAUGAAAAAUUUUCAAGCGACAUCUUGUUUGCGUCUUUGUAUGCAGCGCGGUUAUUCCUGCAGAAAUUUUAGUGUAAACAUGGAAACUAUGGAAUGUAAAUUAAAUCUUGAUCAGUCUGAGUUAGACUUUUUUGAAAAGGAAUCGAAUAGUAACACUGAAUUAUCGAAAACUAACAGCUUUGUAUUUUACGAAAAACACAUUAAUUGUAGAGAAGUGUUUUGUGAAAACGGAGGAACAUGCAUAAACACAAAACCUGAUGUUUUUUCUAAUUUAGCUUACAAGUGUCAUUGUGUAUGUGGUUCGUGUGGACAAAAAUGUGAAAAAAGAAAUUUUCGCCAUGUACCCAACAAAGGAAUCGCUGAAAAUAACAUAGCCGAAGUGGAAGUAUUCACCGUCGACCAAUGUUUAGAUUUGUGUCGUCAAAACAACAGUUGUAAAUCAGUAGAUUUUUCAAUGUCCGAAAAAAUCUGCUAUUUGAAUGCUUUUAAUCACGAAGAGAAAAUAUUGCACUCUUUUGACCAUAUAGAUUAUUAUUACCCUAAUUGUCAUUGCUGA